UUUACGUUGAAGCUGGAUCAAUUCUACCAGUUUGCCUGCUGGACUCUUGGUGUUUCAACUUACUGUGUCUUCGCGCUUAAAAUAUUAUCUUUCUUAUUUACGUUAAAUUAUCACCGCGAUUUAUUUUUAAUUUUUAAUUUCAACUCCUAUUCGAUAUACUCAAGAAUUGACUACCGUUUCGGUGUGUUUUUAAAUUCGCUGAAGUUUUUUUGAAAGUGCAAAAGUCUAAAAAAGAAUCAUGCCUGUCGACGAAGAAUUAAGCACCGUUUUGAACCGAAGACAAUUGAUCAACGAGGGUGAACAAAUUCCACGACAUUUUGUCCGAGUACACAACAAUAUCUUCAUGGAAUUCAAGGAAUUUUCCCGAAAACAAAUCAAGGAUUACGAGACGACGUUUAACAAAUACGACGAAGGACGAGAUGGAUUCUUGGAUUUGGAAGAGUUGAAACGAAUGAUGGAAAAGUUAGGAGCUCCUCAAACGCAUUUGAAUUUAAAAGCUAUGAUCAAGGAAGUCGACGAAGAUGAAGAUAAUAAAAUCAGUUUUAGAGAAUUUUUGUUGAUAUUCCGUAAAGCGAACGCUGGCGAAUUAGUCGAAGAAAGUGGUUUGAGUAAAUUAGCCAAAUUGACCGAAAUCGACGUUGUAGAAGUUGGAGUCGGCGGUGCCAAAGAAUUUUUCGAAGCUAAAAUACAACAACUGAACAGAAGUAAUAAAUUCGAAGACGAAAUCAGACAAGAACAAGAAGAAAGGAAAAAAGCCGAAGAAGAAAGACAACAAAGACGAUUGGCUUUCAAAGAAAAAGCAGCCAUUUUCCAAAACGGAAGCUAGUCCGCUGGUUGUGGGGGAUAACUAUUAAUAAUUAUGACCAUUUGCGCCUAAGUUUUUCUUUCCAAUUUUAGCUUUUUUUUACCUACUACAAAGUACCUCUAUAUAUGAAUGAGCAAAGAAAAAAAAUUGAGUAUACUUAACGCGAUACCUUUAUUAAUUAAUGUUUUAUUUUGAUUUUUGUGUGUGCGGUAGUUGAUGAUGAGCCUGAGCGAGCCUUGGCACUUGCCUAAAGUUUAUAAGAUUGUUUUGCUAUUGUAGUUUUUAUCGUGUGAACUUGAACUCGUGUUGAGAUUAUGUUGUAAGUUUUUUUUUUAGUUGGAUAAUCACGUCGUGUUAUUUUUAAAAUUUGAUUUUUGAUUUGCUUUUCCUCGUGUAUGUUUGAUUUAUGUGUGUUCACGUUAACGUGGAAUUUACCGUAUUUAUUAUUGACCCUCCUUUUUAAUUUUUUUUGUCUCGUGUAAUUUUUAUUAUCGAUUAUACCAUAUUAUUUAAAUAAUGAUUACAUUUUUUUUUUAUUGA